CACAUUGUUCAGUGGUAUCGCUGGUAUCGCCGCCCCAACCCCCGCACUUACGCCGCUACGCCGCCCGCGUCCGCCACCACCUCCUCUCUCCUCAUCGCAGCUCCACCCGAAGGGAUGCCACUGACUACUCGCACGCUCCCUAGUCUCCGGUCGUCUCCUUCGACCCCGAUCCCUCUUCGCAACCCGUUGUCCUCUUCCCACCCCGCGAGCCAUUGGAGGAUGGGGAGGAAGCACAGCAAGCCUCGCUCGAUCAGCUGUACCGUCCGGUUCCGCCCCUGCAUCGACAUCCACAAGGGUAAAGUGAAACAAAUCGUGGGAUCCACGCUUCGUGAUUCGACAGACGGCGGCGCGUCGGACCUGGUGACCAACUUCGAGUCGGAUAAGUCGCCGGUAGAGUUUGCGAAUCUGUACAAGAAGGACGGGCUCAAGGGUGGCCAUGUCAUAAUGCUUGGCGCCGACGCCGCAAGCCAAUCUGCGGCCUUCGAGGCCCUUCGUGCUUACCCUGGUGGUAUGCAAGUUGGAGGUGGGAUCAAUGCAGAUAAUGCCAUGAAUUAUCUUGUAGAAGGGGCAAGUCAUGUGAUUGUUACCUCGUAUGUUUUCAGCGAUGGGAAGAUGGACCCUGAGCGACUUAAACAUCUUGUCAACAUGAUUGGCAAGGAUAGACUUGUGUUGGAUCUUAGCUGCAGAAAGAAGGAUGGGAAGUAUGCCAUUGUUACUGACAGAUGGCAGAAGUUCAGUGAUGUUAUUCUUGACAAGGAAACUUUGGAGUUCCUUGCCAAAUAUUCAGAUGAAUUUUUGAUUCAUGGGGUUGAUGUUGAGGGGAAAAGGCUAGGAAUUGAUGAGGAGCUUGUGAUGUUACUCGGUUGUUAUUCACCUAUUCCAGUUACUUAUGCUGGUGGGGUCACGACAAUGGCAGACCUAGAGAAGAUAAAAACAGCAGGCAAGGAACAAGUUGAUGUCACAGUUGGCAGUGCUCUGGAUAUUUUUGGAGGAAAUAUGGCAUACAAGGAAGUUGUUGCUUGGCACAACAAACAAGUGAUGAUAAGCCAACAGCCUUCAUGAGUUUCUACACGAAAUUAACGUUUUAAAUCAGAUUCCACAUGAAUAUCUAUUCUGCUUAUCAUUUAUGCACUUUAUUCUGGUGAAGUCUUUAUUAAGACUCCAAAAUAUUUUUGUAUUUGUAAUGGAUAUGGUUUAACACAAUUUGUUACUCUGUUGUCUGCUUUCACCA